GUUGGCGCGCACUUCGAAGUCUAAGUAAACUGAAAUCUUACAGUAUAUCGCGAUCGUUCUAUUCGUUCCCCAAAAGAAUAUACAAAGAUUUAGAAAUAAUAUUGUAAUUGAGUUCAAAAUAAAUUGUAUUAGUUGUUGUGAUACUUGUAAAUGCCGAUAGCAUUGUAAUUAUCAUUCACUUAACGUCGGCGUGACGUUCUCAUUCCGCCGUUGACAUUACUCAAUAGCGAGGUCAAACUCUUAAUUGAAUUAUUACUGCGCACAGUGACACUCAAAAGAGAAUUAAAAGAAUAAAAACAAAACGCAUCACAAGUCACAACAGCCUGUGACAGACGGCGGUUCGUCAGCUGGUGAUGCAUUAAGUGCUGCUGGCAGUGGCAAUCAUCCGUCAGCCUACGGGCAAUGGCAUACCAAGUGGAUUUACCGGCAACCCUACGUCGCGGCCCUUUGCUUGCGCUGCUGUUGGCGCUCAGCCUGCAGGCGUUCGUCAUAGGUGGCAAUGCCGCUUCUGUUGACGCAGACACGCUGAAUAACGAUGAUAUUGCGAACCCUUUCGCGUUGACAAGUAAUACGCCGCCGGAACCGCCGCAGCCGCCGCGCACCUGUAACUCCAUUGAAGUGCGCACAAAAAAGGAUUUUGCAUUGCUGAAGAAUUGCACACGUGUGCAUGGCCAUGUUUGGCUGGCGCAUAUGGAGUUGACGGCGAGUGAUGUCGGUGCACUGAAAUACCUUACGGAGGUGGAGGAGAUCAGCGAUUAUCUGUUGGUGCAUCGCGUUCAUGGUCUACCCUCGUUGCAUCAUAUAUUUCCUCAUUUGCGCAUCAUACGCGGUCGCAAAUUGCUAUUCGACGAGUUUGCGCUGGUCAUCUAUGAGAAUCGUGACUUACGCUACUUGGGACUGGGUUCGCUGCUGCGCAUACAAGCUGGUAAUAUACGGAUCGAAACGAAUCCAACACUUUGCUAUGUGGACACGGUGAAUUGGGUGCAGUUGUUGGGCAAUAGCACGCAACAGCACUUCUGGCACAAGAAUAAUAAGCUACUCAACCAUUGUACACAAUGUGAGCGCACUAAUAAUCAAAUACUUGUUGAAGAAGACAUCCCGAAUAAGUUGCGUAAGCAUUGCUGGGGCUACGAUAUUCCGCAAGAGCGCCCACCGACGAAUAAUGUUGUCAAGUGUCGCGCGGAAUGCGGUGUACGCGGUUGUGAUGACAACGGUGGUUGUUGUGAUCGUAAUUGUUUGAGCGAUUGCGAUGGCAAGCGGUGCAGUUUGUGUGCGAAUCUGAACUUGGAACGUCAAUGUGUCGAUGAGUGUCCACAGAACUAUUAUCAGCAUCAAGAUCGCGAUUGUAUAAGCGCAUCGAAAUGUCGCCAGCUGGGUUCAAUACCGUUAGCGGGUACUUGCAUGGAGAAAUGUCCUAAAAAUUAUAUAAGCACAGUCGAUGCAGACGGGCACACGAUGUGUAAACUGCAAUGCACUGGAAAAUAUAUCAUACACACAGUAACCGAUGCGGAAGGCUUGGAAGGUUGUAGUAAAAUAAAUGGUUCACUAAUCAUUGAGCUAAACGAUAUUAAGACCAAAAUCACUGACAUGGAAAGCGCAUUUGUCAAUAUCACCGAGAUUACUGGUUAUUUGAAGGUGGUAAACUCCCCACAGUUGCUCUCACUGCACUUUUUACGCAAUUUAGUCACCAUACGCGGUGAUGAGCUCGUCGAUGAUUUUUAUGCUUUUGUUGUGGUGGAUAAUUAUCACUUGUCCGAAAUUUGGACGCCAAAUCAAAAUGUUGCCAUUCUAAAGGGUAGCAUUUAUUUCCAUCUAAAUCCACGUUUGUGUUUAUCGAAAAUUCACCAACUACAAAAAUCAUUAAAAAGCGCCACACCCAUUACAACGGUGAACGCUUCGCCGCAUUCAAAUGGCGAGCGUGUGAUCUGUGACAGUCCUCUAAUUAAUUUAACUGUUAUGCAUGAGGACUAUAAUUCCACAGCUGCACGCCUGAAAAUAGAUAUAUUCACUUUGAAUAAUAUACAAAUUAUACUUGGAUAUGUGUAUUUCUAUAAGGAAGCACCCGAGCAAAAUGUAACACUCUACGAUGGAAGGCAUGGUUGCGGUCAUGAUAGUUGGCACAUGAAAGUGAAUCCCACAAAAAAUAUCCGUUAUAUCCUUACAAAUUUGAAGCCAAACACCCAAUAUGCUUAUUUUGUCAAAACGCUCACGAUUAGGGAAUAUCAUAUACGCAUGGACGCAUAUUCGAAAAUACAAUAUUUCCGCACGCUACCGAGCAAACCGGGGCCAGUAAAAAGAAUCUAUUACACAGCAAUCGCUAUUGAUAAAAUAAUUUUACACUGGUGGCCGCCACGCAAUCCGAAUGGCAUUAUUGAAAAGUACAUAAUUAAUUAUGAAAAAACAAAGAUCACUAAAGAAAAUGUAACACUAGGCAAUCGUCCAGAUUUACGUAAAUAUUCUGAGUACUGCGAUUGUAUCUACGUAAAUCCAGAAGAUAGCGGUCACUUACCCUCGGAUGAAAACUAUUAUAACAAAAAUCAAAUCAUUUAUGAAGAAAAUUUGUCAAAUUUAAUUUUUGUGUCUCGUAGGACAGAUAAUGCCCGCAUACGCCGUAAUGGUGACACUAACUCCUUUUGUGAAAGUCCGAAUUGUGUUGAAAAUAAAUCGCCAGUCACACCCAAUACAAUCAAUGCUUUUCUGGAUAACACAGCUAAACAUGUACGCGUCAGGCGCAAACUGCCAGAUAGCGAAGUCAAAUCAAUGGUUAAUAAUAAUAAAUUGGAAGAACAAAUGAAUAAAGAUGAUCACAAUCUGGAUGAGGAAUUAAAGAGAAAGGGUGAAGCCAACCUCCUUUGGAUACUUCAGCAACAGGAUGAACAAGCACGUAAGUUGCAGGAUACGGGCCCGGAUGAUUUUCCGAUUAUAAAGCGGCGACCGGUAUGUCCCAUAUCAGAUGCUUCGACGCAAUAUCAAUUGCAAAACAAUUGCCAACCGCAAGAAACAUUCAAAGGUAUUGUAAUACCGGGUAGCAUACAUUCAUACACAUUGGCUGGUCUGGAGGCCGACCAAACGUACCGUGUUACAAUACGUGCUUGUGUCGCCAAUUUGGCAAAUGGUUGUGGCGAAGAAACAAGUAUUUAUGCGGAAACGGUUAGCAAGAGUAUGGAAGAAUUCCUUGAGGGUUUAAGAGCUAUGAAUUAAAACCAACACUAACUUCACACAAAUGUAGAUUUAUCGUUGUAGUGCUUAAUAAAUUGAAAUAUUAUAUUUA